AUGCCACCGAGACUACCACUCCGCAAGCCUCUCGAGACCCUCAUCAAGCGCAACAAUGCCCUCACCAUCACAUCCCGCCGCACCCUCAUCGCCGCCCCAAAACCAAACUCCGGGCCCCUCAUGGAACGCCGCCCCGACCGCGCCCUCCCUGACAUGACCCCCUCCAAGUCCUGGAUGCUCACAGUCCCUCUCUUCCUGACCGCCAUGGCCGCCUCCACCCUCGCAAUCUUCAACUACCAAAAGCAAAAUUCGUCCGUUGUGACCAGUACAAUGUACUCGUUACGCACCAACCCCGUCGCAAGAGAGAUUUUGGGGGACGAGGUGUAUUUUGCGAGUAAAAUUCCAUAUAUCGGGGGAGAGAUUAAUCAGUUGCAUGGCAAGAUUGACGUGGUGUAUUGGGUCAAAGGAACGAGACAGCAGGCCAAGAUGAGGUUCAAGAGUCAUAGGAAGACGAGGAUGGGGAUUUUUGAGACGACAGAGUGGAGUUUGGAGUUGGAGGAUGGGACUGUGGUUGAUUUGCUCAAGACCACUGACUCUGAUCCUUUCGUUGCUACGCCCAUGGAAGCAAAAGUCAUCGCUGCCGAGGCGUAA